CUACUGUCGACUGUGGCCCAGCCAAUCAAAGUUGGGGAUAAGGUAAUACUAGAGCGCCCCAAAUCCACCGAGCAUCGAGGGUUUUCGCAGCCGCCGUCGACCGACCAGGGGAGUAUGAUGGUGGAGAGCGUCCGGCGAGAAAGCUCGAGCUCGGGCGCGAUGGGGGUGGAGCACGACGAGGUGACCGUCGUUCCGGCCGGGAGGAAGAGGAGGGCGGCCCGGUCGGACACCUGGACGGGGUUCCGCGGCGUGCAACGGCGGCGGUCCGGCUGGUGCUCGGCCUACAUCACGUCGGGGCAGGGGAAUCAGGAGUGGCUCGGCACCUUCGACACGGCCGAGGAGGCCGCCAGAGCGUACGACGUCGCCGCCGUCAAGCUGCGCGGCGCCAAGGCCGUGACUAACUUCGCGCAAGGUGCGGCUGCGGAGGCCGAGGGAAGCACGACGAAGUUACGAGGCGUGUAUCGGCGUCAGUGCGGGGAAGCAGAGGUCUGCUCCCAAGGCCUGAAGCAGUCGCCGGCGGCAGCCAAGGUAAAAUCUGAGGCUCAGUUUUCUCUGAACCAAAAUGAAGUUCAGGCCAGAGAAAGGAAGUCAGCUCUUUCACAAAAAAAAAAAAGGAAGUCAGCUAAUCCGGACAUGGAGCUCCACGGGCAAGGUGUGCGCCGGCGUCAGCGCGGCACCUACGCGGCUCAGAUGAAGGUCCCGCAGCAGCGGAUCCCACUGCAGCUCACUUGCUCUGGUACAGCCGAGGAGGCCGUGACAGCUUCAGAUAUGGAGUCCGUCAAGCUGCCUGGCGUGGCGAACCAAACCACUACCGCUGCUAGUGCCGGCGAUGCCCAGCCGCCCCAUGUGCCGCCCGAUAACGCAUCUGCCCCUUCCUGUGAUCCAUCGCUGCUGGUGCUUCUCGGUGACUUUCCGGAGCAGCAGGCUCUCAUCAAUGGCUUCCUGGAGCAGCCAGCGUUCGACCUUGUCUCGGACAGCAUCAUCCCAGUGAUGCAUUUUGAUGAUCUUGGGAUCAAGUUGCCUCCGGUAGGAUGGCAGCCGGUGGACGAUUUUCUGAACGACAUGGAGUUCACCUAAUGUGUGGCUGAAAUCUUCUUAUCUUCCGGUCGCUCUGUUGGUCCUCUGGGUCAUCAUCCUACAGCUGUCAACUCUUUUUGACCUUUUGGGGUUAGAAGGAACAUGGAUAUAUCACCAUAACCAGGUACACAAAACUUUUUUCAGCUGAGUAAUUUAGCUAUAGUAUCGGCUUUAUUUAUGUAAGGAAAGCCCAAGACGAAAUGUGCUCCAUCUGUGAUCUGUGGUAGUGGAACUAUAUAUGAUUCUCGCCAAAUUAUGAUUGUUAUUAUUAGCAAUUCUAGAAAGGAGAUUUGAUCAUGCCCUUUUCUUGUUUUGUUUGUUACGGAAAGUAAUUUAGAGCAUAACGAAAUGGGUUCUGCUAUGUAUGUACUUUUUUUUUUAUAAAAAAAUUCACCCACUAUGUAUUUAUUACCGAAGAUGCAAUUUUGGAGCUGUACUACCAAUGAACCUACUCCGUUAUCACUAUUUUGGUCAGCUGGGAUAAUGCUAGAUCUAUGGUUUGUACUGGUCAACUGAGCUGUUCAAGAGCUUCAUCGCCAGUGGGGAUGCAAGCAUAGCUAGGAGGGUGCACUGGAUACCUGGUAGAUUAUUUUUCCAUUGUAAACUUGCUAAUUUUCACCAUAUGUGCUACUCUAUGAACAAGUAUUUUGGUAGCUUUGAUAUCCCUGGCACCCUGGUCUGUAGUUCUCUAGCUCUGCCACUGUUCAUCACCAAGUCGAUUUGUACAUGUACACUUCAUUCUGGUGCAUUAUGAGUAGCGAGAUAAUUGGUGUGAAGAGAACAUCUGUAUAUGUAUCAGACGUACUGAGCUGGAGUAAUGACUGGACAAAUCGACCAAGAGAUAAUUUAUUUUUUAUUCCAGUUGGUUUUGAGAA